AGGAAUAUCUUAGCCAGAUGGGCCGCAACUGGUUUGUUCCCAUUAAACCUAGAAAGGGUGCUCCAAGGAAUUCAGAAGCCCCUACCUAAGCUCACCGUUCUAGACCUAGUAUCUGCUUUGCAAGACGAAGUACUGCAGACUCUGCUAACUCUAGUAACGCCAGAGACAACAGAGGCUCUUGCAUCCCUACAGAUCUUGAUAGAGAAAGACGCUCAUACACUUGGUGAGACAAGCAAGCAGUGCCUCCAGAAACACGUACAGAAGAUGGCGACCGCAGCUAAAAUAUCUUUUGCCGAACGUGCCCUCCUACAGAAUCAGAACGGCUUCCUAUUCUAGGUAAAUAAGGCCAAAGCUCGUCGAUCAACUAGAUCAGUAGUCCUGGGGAAGGCGAAGGUGAUGAGUUAUUAGGAUCUAGAGGAGGCGCGAGCAAAGCGCGAAGCGAAAGAUCAAGCCACUGCAACUAAGGGGAAACGAGGUCGUAAGCAGAAGACUCCCGCGACAGAAGAGGCAGAGGCGGUCCAUCAGUGCCGAAGAGCAAUGCCGUGGCACCAAAAGAAACCGAGCCAGCGAACAAUAUGGAGGUGUCAUGGAGGGCUCUGGUAGCGAAGAUG